AGAUGAUGAAGGAGAAAGAUUCUGAGUUUUUCAUGGAGAACGGUAUGGAUGAUGAAGAGACAGGAGAAGACUGCAAUGGUAACAUUAGCAAUAGCAGCGAUGGAGAGGCAGAGGAGAAAAGUCAGAAAGGGAGUAGUAGUUCGAGUUCGUUGUCUCCUUUCUCUUCCCAGCAAUGGCCCCGGAGUUACAGGGAAACUACUGAUUCCUACACGAUAGCUGCGUCUCCAAUCGUCACUAGCCUCAUUCGGGUCCCUAGUAUUAGGUAUUCUAGUUUCGACCUUGGUACCAAAAGUAAUCUGGACAUCGAUGGAAAAUCUCCAUUGCUGCCCGACUAUGAAAGAUUACAUCAGGGAAAAGAUGAAUCAGAAUCAAGAAUCCAGUCAAUUUUGUCGGAGAAGUCCUACAUGCAUGAGCAGCUGAGUGGAGAACUACCGAUUGGUUAUGGAUGUAGCUUAACUCAGACGGUCUUCAAUGGGAUAAAUGUCUUGGCUGGUGUUGGGCUUCUUUCUACACCAUUUACUGUGAAAGAAGCUGGUUGGGCAAGUUUGGGUAUCCUACUCAUUUUUGCUGCUGUUUGUUGUUGUACGGGCAUUUUCUUAAAAUACUGUUUUGAAAGCAAGGAAGGUAUUUUGACCUACCCGGAUAUUGGAGAAGCUGCAUUUGGGAGAUUCGGGCGGCUUUUCAUAUCAAUCAUUUUGUACACUGAGCUAUAUUCAUAUUGUGUGGAAUUUAUUAUUCUGGAAGGUGAUAAUCUUACAAGGCUAUUCCCCGGAACUUCUUUGGAUUGGAAUGGGUUUCAUUUGGACUCUCUGCACUUCUUUGGAAUUUUAACUGCUCUUAUUGUUCUACCAACUGUUUGGUUGAAGGAUCUCCGUGUGAUUUCUUUACUUUCAGCUGGUGGAGUGAUUGCAACAAUUUUGAUAGUUGUUUCAGUCUUUUUUGUUGGUACCUUUGAUGGGAUUGGGUUCCAUCAAACAGGUCCUGCGCUGAACUGGAGUGGUGUCCCAUUUGUUGUCGGGGUAUAUGGGUUCUGCUAUUCUGGGCAUUCAGUGUUUCCAAAUGUUUACCAGUCAAUGUCUGAUAAGACACAGUAUAACAAGGCAUUGAUAAUAUGCUUUAUCUUGUGUACUGCAAUAUAUGGAGGUGUUGGGAUCAUGGGAUAUCUCAUGUUUGGUCAAGGUACUCUGUCUCAGAUAACUUUGAAUAUGCCAAACCAUUCUUUUGCUUCCAAAGUUGCUUUGUGGACAACAGUUAUCAAUCCUUUCACAAAAUAUGCUUUGUUGAUGAAUCCGUUGGCCAGGGGUUUGGAGGAGCUUCUUCCUGCUAGAUUCUCUAAUGAAACUUGGUGUUUUAUUCUACUGAAAACCGGACUUGUCGUUUCAACUGUUUGCGUUGCUUUUCUUUUGCCAUUUUUUGGUCUUGUGAUGGCUUUAAUUGGUUCUCUCCUCAGCAUACUUGUGGCUGUUAUAAUUCCAUCUCUAUGUUUUCUAAAGAUAGUGAGGAAGGCAACCCGAUUACAUUUCAGGUAAUUCUGAGUUGCUCAAUAGCUGGAUUGGGCAUCAUCAGUGCUGGUCUAGGAACAUAUUCUUCAUUGUCCCGAAUUGCAAAUAAAUACUGAAGUUCUCGAAGUGACUCAACAGCCAGGUAUUUCGGAUGUGUGGAUUCCCCUUCACAUGAUGGGUUUUUGCCUUGCACCUUAAAUAAGAUUCAGAUGUAAUAUAUGUUCAAGAAGCCUUGUUCUGGUAUUGGGAAACUCUUGUUUUAGUAUUUUGUUAGUGCAACUUGAGGCAUAAGCACCUGCAUAAUGGAAGUAUGACUACUUAUAAUCAUGCUCAUUGUAUCACAGAUUCAGUUUUAUUAACUGGAGCUGUAGUAGGCUGUUCAGGUUGUAGAAUAUGAUUAUUGAUUAGACUUGACAUGCGCAACCUUGCAUGUUUC